CCAAAGGGACUGUCACGACUCUUAAAAAAUGUCCUUGUUUUAAUUUAUCUCAAUAAAAUGUGCUUACAAGUUGUUGUGAUUGUUCCAAUUGGUAGCUAAAUCUAAGUGGAUAAAAAUCCUAUUUAUUUAUCUUAUUGGUUGCUAAAUCUAAUUUCAUUAGUAUCUAAAAUCAAUUAAUGUAAUAGUGACUUAUAUUAUAAAGAGGUAAAGUGUGUUUGUAAGGUUGUACGGGGUAAUCUCUGGAUUUGCUGAACCGAUUUAGAAAACUUUACCCAUAGAAAGCCAUGUUCUUUGUGAGUGUCAUAUGCUAUAUAUAAAUAUAUAUAUUUUUUUUUUGUUAAAGAUAUUUGCCAUAUUUUUUAAUAAUAUAUUUAUUUAUUAUAUAACUAGCUGACGCCGCGCGGUUUCACCCGUGUGGUUCCCGUCCUCGUACGAAUACGGGGAAUAAUAUAUAGCCUAUAAGCCUUCCUCAAAAAAUGGGCUAUAUAACACUAAAACAAUUUUUCAAAUCGGACCAGUAGUUCCUGAGAUUACCGCGUUCAAUCAAACAAACAAACAAACUCUUCAGCUGUAUAAUAUUAGUAUAGAUAUGACCAAUAUUACCAUUCCCCUCCAACUAGUCGGGAAAGACUGUAGGAGUGGGUACGACAAUAGGCCGGGAAUCGAACCACCACCCCUCGGUAAUGAGUCCGACCGCUCUUACCGUUGAGCUAUUGAGGCUUGAGCUGUUUUAUCCCUGUAUUACUAUAGGAACGGGAACUACACGGGUGAUCUGCUAGUCUUUAAGUAAAGUUCCUAUAACUAUUUGAUCAUAGUCUAUAGUAUAUUGAAUUUUUAAAUACUGAAAGUGUGAAAUGAGGUUGUUGUUGGUUAACUUUGUACCGCACGUGUUUGCUUCAGGAGACAGCGAACAGGAAAAACUGGAUGACACAACGACCCUGGAUGCAGAAGCAGGCGUUUCCCACGCCGAGCCUGACACCAAGAACGGACACUCGCUGCACUCCAAGGCGCUGAAGCGGCUGGAGACGGUGCCUGACAUCAAGAGGGACACUUCGGGGAUCACCACUCAGUACAUCGCCACUGGCAUAGUCAAUUUGGGCGCAUUUGCCACGGGCGCCUGCGUGGCCUGGUCGUCCACAGCACUGCCUUUGCUGCUGGAGGCAACUCCUGGGGAGCAUGCAGAUUUUCAACCUCUAAACGGCACACAUCCUAAGGUUUCGUUGACCAGAGCCCAGGGAUCUUGGGUGGCGUCUCUGCUGUGUCUAGGGGCGCUGUUUGGGGCUGUGCCUGCUGGGUUGAUCUCGGAGUACUUUGGACGGAAGAAGACCUUGCUGUACCUCGCCUUGCCACUGCUGGUGUCCUGGAUAUUGGUUGCUUCAAGCCCGAACGUAUACGGGUUGUUCGUGGGCCGCUUCGUGGGCGGCGUGGCCGUGGGCGCCUUCAGCGUGGGCGUGCCGCCCUACGUGGAAGACAUCGCCGAGAAGCAUCUGCUGCCGGCGCUCGCUAACUUCUACCACGUGCUGUUCGCUUGUGGACUGCUUUUUGGAUACAUCAUUGGUAUGGUUCAGAUAAUAUCCUGGCUGUCAGUCCUCUGUGCGAGCGUUCCCAUCGCGUUCUUCAUAGCCUUCAUAUUUCUACCAGAGUCCCCUGCCUACCUAAUGUCCCAGGGCAAGUUCAGUGAAGCCAAAGCAGCACUGAGGUACUUCAGAGGGAUCGACAAUGACGUCGACGAAGAACUGAAAACGAUCAAGGAAUCUCUAAGAAACUAUGCAAAACAUAGAAUGACGUUCAAGCAAUUGUUCACCACGCGAGCGACUGUCAAAGCACUGGUCGUUUCUUUCGGUCUCAUGAUCUUCCAGCAGAUGAGCGGCAUAUAUCCCGUUCUUUUCUACUCAGAGAUCAUCUUCAGCACUUUUGCCAAUCCGUUGUACGCUCCAGAAGCGACGUACAUACCGAGUAUUAUCCUCGGCUUCUGUUUAGUCUCUUCUACGUACUUCUCGACGAUGUUCUUCAAGAGGAUAAGAAGGCGUGUGCUGCUUCUGACCUCGUUUUCCGCAAUGGCGUCUAGUUUGGGAGGUUUGGCGAUUUACUACCAAUUGAUUGCGUCAAAUUUAUCAUCGAACAAGACUUGGGUCCCUGUGUUUGCUUUGUGCAUAUUUGUAUCAGUGUACGCCGCUGGUGCCGGACCAAUACCCUGGCUGAUGCUGAGAGAAAUCUUCCCUCCUAACGUGAGAAGAAAAGCCACUGCUAUAACGGCUGGUUUCCACUGGUUCCUCGCAUUCGGCGUCACGAAACUCUAUCAGAAUUUGGAAGAGCUGGUAAAGCCUGGAUGGGCGUUAUGGAAUUUUGCUUUCACUUGCAUUAUUGGGACGAUUUUUGUCUAUUUCUUCGUGCCGGAAACUAAGGGACGGACGUUGGAGGAGAUCCAGAAUGAAUUGGAAGGGAUCCACAAAAGGAGGGCUCACAGGCAUGUGAUUCAAGUUGAGACAGUUGCUGUAUCAUCUUCAUAAUUCUGGUUUAUUAUUUCUUCCCCUGAUUUCUACGUGGUAAUGUAGUAAAAAGCGUUUUAGCUUCAAUAAUUUUGUUGUUGAGUUGUCGGACUCAGUAAAAAAGGAGGUUCAAGAGCCGCCCGUUUGACUAAUGUCACAACUAAUCCCAAAACAAUUUGUAAUCAGUUUGGAUCCAAACUGAUCAGUUUGGAUCGUGCCGCGUUGCAAGAACCAGCUUAUGGCUAAGGGCCCCGUAUGGGUUCGAAAUUAGUCUGGCAUACUCCGACCUUAUAUCACGUGAGUUUUAGCCGUGUUUCAUAAUCAAAUAAUAUGAACUCACGAUCACUUAUUACAUCACUUAUUACGAUCACUUAAACAGUUUAUUUUUUCUUAAUUAUAUAGUUUUGUACUCAUUUAAUUAGAUUGUUGUUAGUAGCGUGUUACUUAAUUAAAUUUGUGAAAUUUGAUAACUUCAGUUUGAGUUUUGGUUACAAUUUUGAUUUGGAACCCAGCAUCAGUAUUUAUGAGAUAUGAAUUUGCCUUUCAAAUUAUUAUUCAAAUUCCAAAGUUUUCAAAUUACAAUGCUGAAGUUAUAAGGUUGCAUUGCAAGCUUUGUUAUUUAUUAUGUCUUGUCAUUUUAGAUUUGUCGUACGACAAAAUGUUUCUAUACGUUGUUUUGUACGUAAACUUAUGCUCUUGAUAUAUUUUAACACAAAAGUAAGAAUAAGAUUAAGUAGAUCCUCUAAAUAAGGCUAUUGUACUGGGUAGACUUAAAAGAUAUUUCUAUUUAUUAAUCAUAUAUAUAUGUAUUUUUUUGCAAUAUAAUAUAAUUAUAUAUCGUUUCGGUUUAGUAUACGUGAUUGAUAUUUAAAUGAUUUUUACCUUCGGUACGAGUAGAAAUCACUUAGGACAGCAAAUUGACUUAAAAUUACAUCUUGACUAAAUUCAUAGACAAUCAGUGUCUUCUGCAUCCUAUACUCUGUGGCUUAGACUGCACAAUUAGUGUGUUGGAUUGUUUAUGGUUUGCUACAAUCAUGCUUGAUAGAAACUAAUGUUAAGGUCUAAGAUUGGAUAUUUUUGUAUUCUUAUUCAACUGCCUAUUCACUCUUGAGUUGAAGGUGCAUAAAUUGCUGGUGCCAGGUAAAAUUGAUUUAGAUAUAAUAAUAACUCAUUUAUUAAUUUGAAAAUGCAAGGUUUACAGUUUGUUCUUUUAGAUACAUGCCCUUAUACUUUCUACCUUAAUAGGUGUAUGAAUACAUUUAUAGAUCAUCAUAAUAUUAUAAAUAAAGAUAUUGAAAUAUCUUUAUUUCUAGGUAAUUAAGAUUCUGUAAAUAUUUAUUUUAUAUCAAUGUGUUAUUAUAAUUGACAAAUCACUCAUAUCACUAUUUGUCAAUGUCAAAAGUUUUAAAUGUCAAUUGUCACACAGCAAAGAGUCUAGAAAAGCGUAUAUACUGCAGUACGCCAUCUAUAGGCCUAGUGAACUGUCUAAGACAAAAAGUCUUGUUACAAAAAGUCGCUAGUGUCGUUGUACAAGUUACAUAAGUCUUAUUAUUGGUAUAUAAUAUUAUAUUGUUAACUUAGUAGUUCUGCGAACUUAAGUUUUCAAUCAAGGAGUAAUUUAUUGAACUGAGACUUAAUUUAAUAAUAGUUUUAGUUGAGUUACAAUAAAGUGGAGUAUAUUGUAUUUA